AGAAGCGAUUUAAUAUAGAAAACGUCAUAUUCACAGAAACAGAACUACUGUAGAAUACUUUCAGAUCAUUCGACCAGUGGCGGAAAUUUGUUCAAAAUUUCCAAUAUCAUUAUUGGAUAGAUAUACCGAUUCAUUUUCGUUCAACCUGUUAGUUCUACAACGGAAAACAUGUCGCUUAUCGCACGCAACGUCGCCAGAAGUCUGGUUCAAGUUUCCUGUCGGGGAAUUCAUUCUACUGGAGCCGUUCAUUCCAGUCCGGCCUGGUCGAAAACGGAAGGACGUAUUACCUGCACAAUGAUUCCAGGUGAUGGUGUUGGACCAGAGCUGAUGUAUUCUGUACAAGAAGUCUUUAAAGCAGCCGAUGUUCCUGUUGAUUUCGAGACGUUUUUUCUUUCGGAAGUUAACCCCGUGUUGAGCUCACCGUUGGAGGAUGUUGUUCGUUCUAUCAACAAGAACAAAGUUUGCCUCAAGGGAAUCCUGGCUACUCCGGAUUAUAGUCGUACCGGUGAGUUGGAAACUCUAAACAUGAAGCUUCGCAACGAACUGGAUCUUUACGCCAACGUCGUUCAUGUGGUUAGUCUUGAUGGUGUAAAUACCCGCCACAAAGGUAUAGAUACUGUGGUUAUUCGUGAACAAACCGAAGGGGAAUAUUCUGCUUUAGAGCAUGAAAGCGUCCCCGGUGUCAUUGAAUGUUUGAAAGUUAUCACGGCCCAGAAAUCGGCGCGCAUUGCUAAGUUCGCGUUCGACUACGCCACCAAGCACAAUCGCAAGAAGGUCACCUGCGUGCAUAAGGCCAAUAUUAUGAAACUCGGCGAUGGUUUGUUCCUGAGAAAGUGCGAAGAGAUUGGAAAGCUUUAUCCUCGAGUGCAGUUCGAGAAAAUGAUUGUGGAUAACACCACAAUGCAGCUGGUAAGCAAUCCUAACCAGUUCGACGUGAUGGUGGCACCGAAUCUUUACGGAAAUAUUAUCGAUAAUCUUUGCUCGGGAUUAGUAGGUGGCGCUGGAGUGGUCGCUGGUGCUUCUUAUUCGGCCGAGCACGCGGUAUUUGAACCGGGUGCACGUCAUACUUUCGCUAUGGGCGUCGGCAGGAACAUUGCCAAUCCAACCGCAAUACUGUUGUGUUCAUCCAAAAUGUUGCGCCACGUCAACUUAAUGCAUUAUAGUCAGAUGAUCUUUCAAGCGGUACAAGACGUUCUCAAGUCUGGAAAAGUUCGUACAAAGGACCUGGGAGGUCAAUCUACUACUCAUGAUUUUACUAAUGCUGUUAUUCACAACCUCCGAUAAAUGAAUGGGUAACUGUAUCGUCAUCAUUAAAAGGCGAAGAUAUCUUUUGUAUUAGAAACAACCCGCAGAAUUAGACAAUAUUACUUAAAUUUUUGUUCGGAUAGUUCUGAAUAAUCUCAAUAUGACCGCGAUCGUUCGUUUAUUUAUUUGACCAUAUUUAUAAGUACAGUCAAAUACGACAAAAUAAGAAAACUAAUGCCAACUCCAAGUUAAACCGCAUUGACUGUUCGAAUGCUACAGUAUAGUCCAAACCGCUGCGUCCUUUCGUUAAUUUAAAUGAAAAUAUUUAUUAAUACCGUUAAAUGAUGACGAAAUAAAGUAUUUCAUGCCAGAUUCGAAAAAAAAAACACCAAACAUGUA